CUUGCACUCAACAUCUCCCCUCAUUGACUCAGGCCUUACCCCACCAUGGAGGCUCUUAAAGCGGCAGACUUGACUCACAAGAACGGCGAAACAACCCACUACUACGAAGGAGGCACCAGCAAUGGAAUCCCUCUAAUUUUCAUACACGGCUGGCCUGACCUAGCAGAAAUCUGGAAACACCAACUCAAGCACUUUGCUUCUGGAUCAGCUGGUUCCGAAUACCGUGUGAUUGCCCCAGACAUGCGCGGCUAUGCAGGCUCUUCAAGUCCCAAAGACAAGCGUGCUUACUCCCUCGAGGCCCUGGUUGGCGAGCUUGUGGAUUUUGCUAAACAGCUUGGGAUCACAAAGGCAGUAUGGGUAGGCCACGACUGGGGCUGUUGUGUCGUAAGUGCGCUUGCCGCACACCACCCAGAACUGUUUCUUGGUCUCGUCGUCAUUGCAGUACCUUACCGGACUAUCGAGCUUGGGCUGGACUACACCGUCUCCCUGGUGAAUCGCGACAUCUACCCAAAGGACGAGUAUGAAUACGGCCAGUUCGAGUACAUGAAGUACUACGAAUUGCACCCAGACGAAAGCGUGAAAACAUACGAAAGCAUCGUCGACAAGAUCACCAAGUUGUUCUACACGCCUCACGAUCCUAGUAACCACGGUAAACCAAGUGCUCGGACCUCUAGGUUGCUGAGAGAAGGAGGUUGGUUCGGCGGCCAUCCUGAGGCUAUUCCGGAUGUUCCUCUGGAAUACACCUUCAUCGAUCAAUCCCUGUACUCCAAUCUCCUUGCCAGCCAUAAAAAGCAUGGCUUCUUCCCACCAACAGCGUACUAUUUGAACCACGAUGUCAACGCGGAGUAUGCAAAGAGCGAGAAAAAUGGUGGCGUGUUGGAGUUCCCAGUAUUGUAUAUCGAUGCGAAACAUGAUGCCAUCUGCUCACCGAGCACGACGCCGAAUAUGGGCAAGAGUCAAAGGGAUGCCGUGAAGGAUUUGACGUAUGAAACGAUCGAGGCGGGGCAUUGGGUGCAGCUGGAGAAGCCAGGAGAGGUGAACAAGGUUCUGGAGACCUGGUUGGACGACUCGGUGCAGUUCAGAUGCUGAGUGGGACCAUAGUAGCAAAUGACUCAUGUUGCUCCUUGUCCUUCCUUAUUAUCACAGGUAGCAAAGAAUAGCACAUACAAUCUAGCCUAUGGUGUUGCAGUAAGAGACGAGGGAGUCCAGUUCUGUGCCUAUCUAGCUAUCUAGACGCUACUGUGUCCGUGCACACAAUGCACGCGUUCAGUCAAUGCGCGCUGAACUUAGCACAACUGUCAGAUGGAAGGCUUCCCGAGGAUUAACCAAUUAGGACUUACCUUUCCCCAAAUCCUCCUUAGAGGAUUACAUUAGUUCUACCCUGAGAUUGCUAUCCUAUUUUUACAACUAAGCUAGAGAGUAGGAAAUAGGAGGCAUGUCUCUGAUCUUUUGUAGACUGGCUGUGAUGAGCUAGGCCCUGGAGAGCUUGGUAGAGUCUUGACAUGGAU